CAGAGAGGAGGAGGUUGGGGAGGGAGUGGAUACGCCGAGGAGAAGUUCUCGCCAACCAGCUGGCUGUUCGCAAGAUCUCAGACGGCAACUUGUGCUGUAUGACGAGUUUCUCUCCCCCUUGCAACAGUGCCAUAGAAGAAAACCUGUGGGAAUUUCCUUUUGACAGCCUCUGGGAUUCAAGGUGCUUAUUAGAUGGCUGUGAACCUGCAUGGAUUACAUACCUUUUUCACAGGAAAUGCUUCGCUGCGUGUGCUCGUGCAUCGUUAUUUCUGUUGACAGUGCAGAAAGCAGGACACUGCAGUGAGUUGAGGAUAUAAAGGGAAUGCUGGGAGCACCACAGAGACGAUCUCACUCCUGGACGGGUAAUCUCUGACGGAGGCCAAACUCUGAGGUGGGGGAGGCUGUAAAGAGGCCCUGAAGGAGCCUCCCAUCCUCCCUACCUGACCAGCCGGACCUAUCAGACAGCCAUGGCUCCUCGGAAACGUGGCGGUGGCAGCCGGGGUGGAGGCCUCUCCUUCAUCUUCUGCUGUUUUAACAGCAGCGAUCAUCCGGAGAUCACUUACAGGCUGCGGGAAGACUUUGCCCUGCAAGCCAUGGAGCCAGCACUGCCGAUGCCAGGAUAUGAUGAGCUGGACGGCAUGUUCUCCGAACUGGUGGAUGAGCUCGACCUUACAGAGAAACACAGAGAGGCCAUGUUCGCUCUGCCUGCAGAGAAGAAAUGGCAGAUCUACUGCAGUAAGAAGAAGGAACAAGAAGAAAACAAAAGUGCGACUAGUUGGCCAGAAUACUACAUUGAUCAGCUCAAUUCAAUGGCAGCUAGAAAGACGCUACUCGCUCUGGAGAAAGAGGACGAGGAAGAGAGGAACAAAACCAUAGAGAGCUUGAAGACAGCACUGAGGACACAACCUAUGAGGUUUGUGACUCGUUUUAUUGACAUGGAUGGUCUGACUUGCAUCCUUAACUUCUUGAAGAGCAUGGACUACGAGACCACUGAGUCUCAGAUCCACACGUCUCUCAUCGGCUGCAUCAAAGCUCUCAUGAACAAUUCCCAGGGCCGCGCCCACGUCCUCUCCCAUUCUGAGAGCAUCAACAUCAUUGCUCAGAGCCUCGCCACAGAGAACAUCAAGACCAAGGUUGCCGUGCUGGAGAUCAUGGGUGCCGUGUGUCUUGUCCCUGGUGGACACAAAAAAAUCCUGGAGUCCAUGCUGCACUACCAACGCUUCGCCUGCGAGAGGACGAGAUUUCAGACAUUAAUAAACGAUCUGGACAGGAGUACAGGGCGGUACAGGGAUGAGGUCAACCUGAAAACAGCCAUCAUGUCCUUUAUUAACGCUGUGCUGAGUCAAGGGGCGGGAGAGACAAGCUUGGAAUUCCGAAUCCACCUCCGUUAUGAGUUUCUCAUGCUGGGGAUCCAACCUGUGAUUGAUAAGCUACGCUCACAUGAAAACUCUACAUUAGACAGACAUUUAGACUACUUUGAGAUGCUGCGGAACGAGGACGAGCUGGCUUUGUCAAAACGUUUUGAGUCGGUACAUAUAGACACCAAGAGUGCCAGCCAAGUUUUUGAUCUCAUUCGUAAAAAGAUGAAUCACACUGAUGCAUACCCGCACUUUAUGUCUGUCCUGCAUCACUGUCUCCUCAUGCCACACAAGAGGAGUGGAAACACGGUGCAGUACUGGCUGCUGUUGGAUCGUAUCGUCCAACAGAUGGUCUUGCAGAAUGACAAAGGUCAUGACCCCGACGUCACACCACUGGAGAAUUUUAACGUGAAGAACGUUGUCCGGAUGCUGGUGAAUGAAAAUGAGGUCAAACAAUGGAAGGAGCAGGCAGAGAAGAUGAGGAAAGAGCACCAUGAGUUGCAGCAAAAGUUUGAGAAGAAGGAACGUGAAUGUGAUGCAAAGACUCAGGAGAAGGAAGACAUGAUGCAGACACUCAACAAGAUGAAAGAGAAGCUGGAGAAGGAGAGCACCGAGCACAAGAAUGUCAAACAGCAAGUGGCCGAACUAACUGCCCGACUGCACGAACUGAGCACUCAGCGACAAGCAGCUGUCGUUCCCGGAGGCCCUCCCCUCGCCCCCGGUCCUCCUGGUGGUCCUGUGCCUCCUCCACCCAUGCCAGCCUUUGCAGGCAUGGCCCCACCUCCCCCGCCUCCCCCUGGGGGCAUGAUGCCUCCUCCGCCUCCCCCACCGCCUCCUCCUGGUGGUCCUCCACCUCCUCCAGGACGCCCACCCAUCGGGGGCAUCCCUCCGCCUCCAGGUGCGCCCUUGGGACCCUCCUUGAAGAAGAAGAACAUUCCCCAGCCAGCCAAUGCACUCAAGUCCUUCAACUGGUCCAAGCUAGCUGAGAAUAAACUGGAGGGCACCGUGUGGAUGGAAGUGGAUGAUGCCAAGGUUUUUAAAAUCCUGGAUCUGGAGGACAUAGAGAAGACUUUCUCAGCCUAUCAGAGACAGCAGGACUUCUUUAUGAUCAAUAACAGCAAACAGAAAGAGGCAGACGACGACACUCUGGGCUCUAAAAAAGUCAAAGAACUUUCUGUCAUCGAUGGCCGUCGAGCUCAAAACUGCAACAUCCUGCUUUCACGGCUGAAGCUCUCAAAUGAGGAGAUCAAGAGAGCCAUCCUAACCAUGGACGAACAAGAGGAUCUUCCUAAAGACAUGCUGGAGCAGCUGUUGAAGUUUGUCCCUGAGAAAAGCGAUGUGGAUCUCCUUGAGGAGCACAAACAUGAGCUUGACAGAAUGGCCAAACCCGAUCGCUUCCUCUAUGAGAUGAGCAGAAUAAACCACUACCAGCAGAGGCUGCAGUCUCUCUACUUCAAAAAGAAGUUUGCAGAGAGGAUAGCUGAAAUCAAACCCAAAGUUGAAGCUCUGUCAAGGGCGUCAAAGGAAGUUUUACACAGCAGAAACCUGAAGCAGCUGCUGGAGGUGGUGCUGGCCUUUGGAAACUUCAUGAACAAGGGUCAGAGGGGGAACGCUUACGGCUUCAAGGUGUCCUCGCUCAACAAGAUCGCUGAUACCAAAUCCAGUAUCGACAAAAACAUCACUCUCCUGCACUACCUGAUCACCAUCCUGGAGAAGAAAUACCCCAAAGUCCUGAUGUUCCAGGAAGACCUGCAGAGCAUCACAGAAGCAGCCAAAGUCAACAUGACUGAGCUGGAAAAAGAUAUCAACAACUUGCGAAGCGGCUUGAAAAGUGUGGAAAGUGAGCUAGACUACCAGAAGAAGCGACCGCAGGAGCUGGGCGAUAAGUUUGUAUCAGUGGUGAGUCAGUUCAUCACAGUGGCCAGCUUCAGCUUCUCCGAUGUGGAGGACUCUCUCACCGAGGCUAAAGAGCUGUUCCUCCGGGCAGUAAAGCACUUUGGUGAGGAUGCCAAUAAGAUGCAGCCAGAUGAGUUCUUUGGUAUCUUUGACCAGUUCCUGCAGUCGUUCUCCGAAGCUCAGCAGGAGAACGAGAACAUGCGGAAACGCAAAGAAGAGGAGGAGCGCAGGGCCAAAAUGGAAGCUCAGCUUAAAGAGCAGAGGGAGAAGGAGCGAAAGGCCCGGAAGGCAAGAGCAAAUGGGGAAGACGACGGCGGUGAAUUUGAUGACCUGGUGUCAGCUCUGCGGUCGGGUGAGGUCUUCGACAAGGACCUGUCCAAGAUGAAACGCAACCGCAAGCGCUUCAACAACCAGGCCACAGACUCAAACAGAGAGCGGCCCAUCACAAAGCUCAACUUUUAAGUUUAGGUCACCAUCCUGAUUUUGCUCCCCUCUGUUCAUAAAGUUUCCCUCUGGGUCGAACUGACAUGCACAUUCCUCUGCACCUCCCUCCAUUCCCACCCAGCUCAGCUUCAGAGGUGCAGCACCACACACAGAGCACCAUGUUCAUUCUCUGAGGUUAAAUGUUUAACGGAGAAGAAGCCAAAACUUGUUCACAACGACCAAACGUGAUGGUUUGGUAGUAUGAAAUGUUUUAAGAUGUUGUACAGUAGCAGGAUGACGUUCCCCUCCCUGCAGAGAAGUUUUCCUACAUGUAAAAGAUGUUUGAUAGGAACUGUUCUGUGCUGUCUUUUGUAUGUCUGAAACUAUGCACAGAGUGAAAUGUGCAGCUAGCAGACUCCUCCAGGGCUUGAUGCUCGAUCCAAACAGGAAGAUGAUUCCACCAAAAACACACAAAGGGGCCAUUUUGUAUGAACAGAGUGAGAUAAGCUGCUGAGCUGGCCUAGAGACCAUUUUUGGAGCGUGACUGAAUCUGGACUUCCUGAUGACGCUGCCUUUCUCUUGCAGUCAGAACCAUCACAGGACUUUGACACAAUGUGGCUAGACAGAUGUGUUUUUGACUGCAAGCGACGCAGCAAAGAAGUAAAGAUUUCUUUUCUAUUCCUCAUUGUUGACAUGCAGCAGUUAUAUCUGACCACUGUAUCUUUUAUUUGAACUUGUUCCUGUUAAGAGCUGGCCUUAACUCUGUAAUUUUUAAUUGUUAAGUUGGUACUCUUAAAGGCCUGGGCCUGACCUGCAAUUUCUCAAUAAGUGUGGACACUCAUGUCAUAGAUGACAAAUAUCUAUAUAUAAGGUUGUGUGCUUAUUUCACAUGCACAUAGAAAUCCAUAAUGACUAUGCUAAAUGCCAUUAAAACCAGACCCUAUCAAUGCAAUACAUUGUUUUUCCACUCUGAAGGAAGUGCCCUCCUUCAGCUUUUUAUUGAAUAGAUUAAAUGUUUUUCUGUGCAAUGGCUGGAUUUACAUCGCAAAGAAAAAAGACUUUCUACAUGUGAUGUUUUUUAUUCUUAAAGAAAAUAUCAGAUGUGGACAUUUUUCAGCUGUGUGAAUCCAUCCAGUGCCAAACACCUCCAUGGGACUUUUAUAAUUUAAAUAUUGCCUUCCAUUGUACAAUGACCUGAUGAGAAUAAAUGGGAGAAAAACA